AUGACGGCUUCAACAGGCUCCGAGGCCGAUGGCCGUGACAGCCCCAAGUACACUUCUGCUCUUGACGAGAAGGAGUUGUCUACUGUCCAGGCCAUUGCCGCUAAUGGCGCACACGAGAGUGACGAUGAAGCCACUGGCCUCCGCAGGGAGCUUCCCACUGACGAGGAGAUUGCGACUUUGCGUCGUGUCCCUGACAAAAUUCCAUGGAUUGCCUUCACCAUAACUUUUGUUGAAUUGUGCGAGCGAUUCUCGUACUAUGGUACAACUGCAGUUUUCGUCAAUUUCAUUCAGCAGCCCCUUCCAAAGGGUUCAACUGCUGGCAAUAGUGUUGGGCCUGGUAUUAUUACCGCCCGUCUCCCUGGUGCCCUCGGUCUAGGCCAGCGAGCAUCUACUGGUAUCAGUUUAUUUAACUCUUUCUGGGCCUACUUUAUGCCUUUGGUUGGUGCCUACCUCGCCGAGCAGCACUUUGGACGUUUUAGAACCAUUAUGUACUCCAUCGCCUGUGCACUUGUUGGACACACGCUCCUCAUCAUCUCCUCCAUCCCGCCUGUCAUCAAGAACCCAAAUGGUGCUGUUGCAUGCUUCGCUAUUGGCAUUCUUAUUAUGGGUGUAGGAACUGGUGGCUUCAAAUCCAACAUUUCCCCCCUGAUUGCUGAGCAGUACACAGAGACCCAGAUGUAUAUCCGAACGGAAAAGUCGGGAGAACGAGUUAUUGUUGACCCUGCUGCGACAGUAUCUCGUAUCUUCAUUUUGUUCUACCUCAUGAUCAACGUUGGCUCGCUUACUGGUCAAAUCGGCAUGGUCUUCGCAGAAAAAUAUGUCGGAUUCUAUCUUUCCUUCACCCUCCCAACAAUAAUGUUCCUCUUUUGCCCGUUGGUACUCUUCAUCUGCCGCAAGAGAUACGUCCGCACUAAGCCGGGUGGCUCCAUUUACAUUAAGGCUAUGAAACUUAUUGGGCUUGUUGCCAAGGGUAAAGGUUCUUGGAACUUUGCUAAGAUGAGCCGUGAGUUUAAGGAUCCGGCGAGCUGGGAUGCCGUUAAGCCAAGCCGCAUAGCCAGCAGGCCAGCCUGGAUGACUUUCGAUGACGCUUGGGUUGACGAAGUUCGACGAGGCGUGCUUGCUUGUAGUGUCUUCUUGUGGUACCCUCUUUUCUGGUGCGCCUAUAACCAAGGAACCACCAACCUCACUUCCCAGUCCGGCACUCUGGAGCUUAAUGGAAUACCGAACGACGUCAUCACCAACCUCAACCCCCUAACUCUCAUCAUUUGUAUCCCCAUCAUGGACAGAGUCGUCUAUCCAACUCUCCGAAAGGCCGGCAUCCGAUUCACCCCCAUCAAGCGUAUUACCACGGGUUUCUUCCUGGCUGGCUGUGCAAUGAUUUCUUCAGCCGUCCUACAGCAUUACAUCUAUAAGACCAACCCAUGUGGCACAGACGCAAGCUUUUGCAAGUCUGAGUAUGGAAAGUACUCCCCCAUCAGCGUUUGGGUCCAAGCCGUUGCUUAUGUUCUGGGCGGUGUUUCCGAAAUCUUCGCAUCUGUUACGUCCCUUGAAUAUGCGUUCAUGAAGGCCCCAAGAAACAUGCGAUCUCUAGUUCAAGCAUUCGCACUGUUCAUGAACGCCAUCUCCACCGCUAUUAACCAGGCCAUGGUCAGCUUGUCUGCCGAUCCUCUUCUUGUUUGGAACUACACUGUUACCGCUUGCCUUUCAAUAUGUGGAGGCGUAGGUUUCUGGUUCACCAACCGUAAGACCGAUGCGGCCGAAGAUGAAUUGAACCAACUUGCUGUCGCAGACUUCAAUGCUGGCGAGAAGGACGGUGAGAAAGCCGUAUAA